CUGUGUGUGUCACUGUGUGUUGUGUGAACCGUAAUCAGACCGACAUGACAUAUAAGCGCAAGAAAUAUCAUUGUGGCGACACACAUUUAAAAAAGCGGUGGAGAGUGCGUAACAGAAAGAAAGAUUUGGAUGAAAUAGACCAAGAUUUAAAGGAAGAAAAUGCUGAAAAAUUACUGAACCAAAAAGUUGAUUUAGAUCUGCCAGGUGCAGCACAACAUUACUGUCUACAUUGUGCAAGGUAUUUCAUUGAUGAACAAGCUUUGAAUGAUCAUUUCAAGACAAAAGUCCAUAAACGGAGAUUAAAAGCACUCGAGCUUGAACCUUAUACUAUAGAAGAGUCAGAGAGAGCUGCUGGCCACGGGAGUUUCAAAAAAGCAACAAAACGAAAAAUUGUUUCACAAAAUAUUGAGAAAUCUCAAACAGAUGAAGAUGGUGAUGCUAUUUUAGAGGAAAGUCCAAACAAAAAGAAGAAAAUUGAUGACAAUGAUAUAUAAAACUUAUUUCUACACACUGUUUAAA